AUGCGUCUCGGAAACGGCCCGUUAGCUUUGCUGGUCCUCGCGGCUGGUGCCCCGGCCGUCCUGGCUUGUGGAAGCUGCGAACACCCCGAGCAAGACGUCGUUUUGACACGAAAUGUCCGCCGUGCGCAACCCGAUUCGCAAGCAGCCGUGGAGGCACCCCGUGGGCCUCUAUCGUGGGGUCAACUGAACUUCCUCCACACUACUGACACUCACGGAUGGCUUGAGGGUCACGUCCGGGAGCAGAACUACGGCGCGGACUGGGGUGACUUUGUCAGCUUCGUCAAGCACAUGCGCCAGAAGGCCGAUGAUCUGGACGUCGAUUUGUUGGUCGUUGAUACUGGAGACCUGCACGAUGGCGCUGGGCUCAGCGAUGCCACGGGUGUCGCGUCCUAUGCAAAUGGUACUGGUGUUAAUGGCCAGUUGUCGAACCCAAUUUUUGAGAACCUCGAUUACGACGUGCUGGCCAUCGGAAACCACGAGCUAUAUUUGGCCACUAUCUCAUACGAGACCUUUAACCAGUUCGCCAAGGUCUAUGGUGACAGAUAUCUCACCAGCAACGUCCAGAUCCGCAACCCCCAAACCGGACUGCUUGAAUACAUUGGCAAGCAGUACAGGUACUUCACCACUCCAAAAGGCCUCCGCAUCAUGGCCUUCGGCGUUCUUUUUGACUUCACCGGCAACUCCAAUGCUUCAGUCGUCACCACCGCAGCCACAAUGGUUACUCAGUCCUGGUUCCUCAACGCCGUCAACUACACUGAGCCGAUUGACCUCUUUUUGGUUGUCGGCCACAACCCCGUCCGGCCGACGGUAAGCACCAGUACAAUGAAGACUGUUCUCAACGCGAUUAGAGCAGUCCGACCCGACACGCCGGUCCAGUUUUUCGGGGGCCACACUCACAUCCGCGACUUUGCUGUGUACGACGAAAAGGCCACUGCUCUCGAGUCUGGAAGGUAUUGCGAGACCCUAGGCUGGCUGUCUAUGACAGGUAUCGAGUCCAGCAAUUACAAGGGCACACUCUACCCCGAGGGCGUACCUCACCCUACUCAAAAAGCGAUCAAAGUGGCUUCGAACACUGCUUCUUCUAGCCUCCCAUCCUCCACUGGCGAUUCUGGUGUCACCUAUUUCCGGCGAUACUUGGACUGGAACACUUUGACAUUCGAGUACCAUGCAGUUGGUAGUCAGGCCAAGGCUUUCAACACAACCAAGGGAACCAGUGUAUCCCAGGAUAUUACGGCUACUCGCAAGGAGCUGAAUCUGACCACACUCUACGGAUGUGCACCUCAGACUUGGUGCAUUGAUUGCGCGCCUUUCAGGUCAAACGGGUCUAUCUUCUCUUUGGUUACCACAGCUCUCGCGGCCACGAUUGUCACCGAGGAAAGAGCAUCGACACCGAGAAUCAUCAUCGCCAACACGGGCCACCUUCGUUUCGACCUUGUUGAAGGGCCGUUUGAUUACGACUCUUCGUUCAUCGUUUCCCCGUUCACCGACGGCUUUCAGUACAUCCCUGACGUCCCGUGGUCUCUUGCCAGCCAGGUGACUCAGGGUUUAGAGUCGGGCAACUACCCAUCCAAGAGAAAGCGCUCUCUGACGGCCGACUCAUUCGGCUUCAGCCAAGCGAACCCGGCCUUGUCCGCGGUAGACAGCUGUAUCGACCCGCCCGUGACGAACGACCACUUCACGAAGCGCUCGUACGCUGGAGGUCGCAUCGUCCGCCGGCAGACUAUCACGCCGGGGUAUACCACGAGCGAUGACUUUGGCACUGACGGAGACGACACUGCCCACAGCAAGAUUAAGAGAUACAAUACGCCCGACUUCAUCCAGGUCAACGCCAGCGUCCCCGAUGACGGUUCGAUUUCGGACGACACCAAGGUAGACCUGAUUUUCCUCGACUUUGUUGCGAACUCGGUCAUCUCGGUAUUGAGAUCUCUGGGUGCGAAUUAUACGUCGAACGACGCCUCGUACUAUUUGCCUAGUACGUUCACCACAAACUCAUACUUGCCUGCGUUCGCAAAGAAGGACGCGGCGUGGCAAGCCAACAUGCCAAACUGUCCUGUUGGACGGGGAGUAGGGUAUAACACAGCGGCUGCCUGA